AUGGCCACAACCACGGCGGCGGCCGCGGCCAAAAUGACUGGCACCACGGCCAUAGCUGUAAGCCUGGCGCUUUCCGGCUGUGUGGUGGCCAAUGCUUUCCGACAAAAAAAACAGUUUUACCCUUCGGUCGUCUACAUAUGUAAAUCCAAUCCUAGCAUGGCGGUAAUGUAUAUGCAGGCUUUAGUAGCUGUCUAUUUUUUGGGGAAAUUGAUAGGAAAAUUAUUUUUUGGCCAACUGCGCGCUGCAGAAUCGGAGCGACUGAUAGAAAAGGCAUGGUACGCUGUAACAGAAACAUGUUUAGCAUUUACAAUUUUUAAAGAUGAUCUAAGUCCUAAAUUUGUAGCUCUAUUUACCUUAUUACUGUUUUUAAAAUGUUUCCAUUGGUUGGCAGAAGAUCGAGUCGAUUAUAUGGAACGAACUCCAGUCAUAUCAUAUGUAUUCCAUAUACGUAUUUGGUCAUUAUUAAUAUUUUUAACCGUUGCUGAUAUAUAUUUCGUACAUGAUGCAUAUACUACUACAGUGGCUAAAGGUCCAUCAGUGCAAUUAGUUUUCGGAUUUGAAUAUGCAUUACUUAUCACACUAGUAGCUACUGCAGCCUUUAAAUAUAUCCUACAUUCAGUAGAUGUUUAUAGUGAUACAUUUUGGGAAAGCAAAGCUGUUCUUCUACUGUACCUUGAAUUUUUUAUUGGACUGUGCAAAGCUGUGAUGUAUGUAUUUUUCCUUGUAAUUAUGGUUCGAACAUUCACUGUACCUUUAUUUGCGUUCCGUCCAAUGUAUCACACAUUAAGAAAUUUCAAAAAAGUGUUCCAAGACCUUGUACUUUCUCGAAGAGCUAUACACAAUAUGAACACUUUAUAUCCAGAUGCUACAAUACAAGACUUACAAGUCAUUGAAAACGUAUGUAUUAUAUGCCGUGAGGAUAUGACAGCUGCAGCUGCUAAAAAGUUGCCUUGUAAUCACAUAUUUCACACAUCGUGCUUACGAAGUUGGUUUCAACGUCAUCAGACAUGUCCUACAUGUAGAUUAGAUAUAUUACGCCCUGCACCUAUAACGCCUGUUGAAACUGAAAGGAGGCCAAUGCAUAGAGCAGCCCAACCAUCUACAACUGUUCCAGCUAAUACGCAUUCCACUGCUGAUUUAGGCAAUAGGCAAGGAUCAAGUAUUGGUAAUCGUCCAUCUGGAUCUCAAACAGGAAGUAGAGUUAACAAUCAAAUACCACAGAACUUUACAUUUAAACCAUUUAAUUUUCAACAACAAGCACCCAAUAAUGAAAAUAAUAUCAACAAUAAUGAUCCUAAUUUAAAUAAUGGACUACCAUUACAUAAUAUAAAUGAAUCAUUGAUCCAAUUGAUGAAUGCUACAAGAUUAGAAAAUGGAAAUGGAUUUGGACUGCCACCAUUUAUGAAUAAUACUGAACAGUCCAACUCAAACUUACCAUUUAACACUGUGCCACCAGUUCCACUAAAUUUCCCAUUUGUUGGCGGUGUUGCGAUUCAGUCACCACAUAUGCCUCCCAACUUAGAUGCACUAUCUGAUGAUGAGUUACGUCAUUUGGAACAAAAUACUAGACAAGCAUGUGUUGAUCGUAUAAAAUUUCUAAACGAUAUUAAAUGUAUGUUAGAUACAGCUGCUAUGUUGAUGAAUCAUUAUAAUUCUGCACAUAUCAUAUCUGGAGUUGAUGACAGUGAUACAUUCAUUGAUAUAGUGAAAACUUCAAAGGUUACAGAAAAUAAUGAGCAGUUAGAAACUGAACCAUCCAAUAAUAUAUCUUCUGAUAUUGACUUUAAUACUUCUAACAGUAGUAAUGAAGGAACAAGCAGCAGUAGUGGCAGUGACGAUCAACUAUUGCCAGAAGAAACGGAACAGCAGCGAGUUAUCAGAUUAAAGAGAUUGGAAAAAUUUAGCAACUCUGGGAAUAAUUCUACAUAAUUUUUGGUAGUAAAUAAUUAUUAUAAUAAAAUAAAUACAAGUUAUUGGAUUAAUUUUAAA